UCAUUGCGCCAGCUGGCACCCUUCUGUCUGUCGGGACAAUCUCUAGCCAUGUGUCCAGCAUUGCCACAGACGCGGCAGAUGAUGCUGGCAGUGUAGUUCUGGCGCUCGGGACAGUCGUACUUGCGAUGACCGAUCUGGCCACAGUUCUGGCAAGCCUGGUUCUCGUCGUCACGGAGGGUACCGUUGAGGGCAGCAAGCUCGCGAAGCUGGUUGCGCUUGAGCUCGUUCUGUCCUUCGGGAAUGGACGCGGCCUAGCAGAAGAGAGUUGUCAGCAUUCGCUGCCAAUUGUCAUUGAAAAGGUGGGGGGGGGGCUUACGGUUUCAAUGACGUUGUGGAUGAGUUUCUUGGCCUUGUUAACCUUCUCCUCUGUAUCGGCCAUGAUGAGACAGUGAAGAUCCUCCUCCUGGUUGCUGGCGUGAGCUGCGUCCGAACGACCUUUGCCCUCCUU